AUGGGAGAAAGAAGAGGUCCACCAAAUAUUUCUGGCUUAUAUUCAGUAAAGGUUGAUAAUUUAUCUUAUAAUACAACUCAACAUGAGUUAAGAAGACUUUUUGAUAAGUAUGGUGAGAUAGGAGAUAUUCACAUUCCAAGAGAUAGAAAUACUAGACAAAGUAAAGGAUUUGGUUUUGUAAGAUUUUAUGACAAAAGAGAUGCUGAGUAUGCUUCAAACAAAUGUGAUGGAAGAAGAGUUGAUGGCAGAAGUAUACGUUGCUCUUUGGCACGUUAUGAAAGACCAAUAGACGAAAGACCCAGAGGUGGUUAUGGACGUGGGCGUCGUGAAAGAAGUCGCUCACGUUCUUGUUCCAGAUCACCUUCUUACAAACGAAGACGUUCUAGAUCUCGUAGUCCAAUACGUUCUCGUUCUAGAAGUCCAGUACGUUCCCGAUCAAGAAGUCCAAUUCGUUCCCGUUCUAGGAGUCCAAUUCAUUCAAGAAGUGCUUCACCAGUAAAGCGUUCUUUGUCGCCAAGAAGAAGUAGAAGUAGAGAUUAUUCAAGAAGUAGAAGUAAGUCUGUUGAUGAUAGACGUUCUGGUUCCAGAUCUCAUUCACCCUCAGUUGAUAGGAAAAGAGAUUCAAGAUCAUCAAAUGAUAGACAUGAUUCAAGGAGCUCAAAUAGACGUUCAUCAUCUCGUGAGAAUGAUAGAGAUAGCAGUCCAAGUCACGAUUAA